CAUAGCGGGGUUACGUCUAUUUCUUCCCUUAAACCGUGGUAUUGGGUUUUAGGGACCAGGGAUUUGAAGUUCGAAUUUCUUCAAUGGAGAUUUCUGGGUUAUCAGUAGAGCUCAGUUACAGGUCCUUUCUACCUGUUUCCGGUAACUCCCUUUAAUUGAUAAAUAAUGAGAAGAGAAAGCUGCGGUUUUGGGUCUUAAGAACCAGUGAGAUGAAGCUCCAAUUUCUUCAAUGGCGAUUGUCGGAGUCUGCAGAAGAGCUGUCUUACGGUUCUCUUCUUCCUAUUUCAGGUACCCACUCUGCUAUUCUUCACUUAUUUCCGUUACCAAUCCUUCUUCAACGCCUAAACCCCUGGAAAAACCAGACUUUUGCCUCUCUUCCUCUGAAAAUCAAACAGUCGGUAGAGUUCUCCAUUGUUUAGAAUACAAGAGCUCUGAUUAUUUGAUGAAUUUAUCUACUGGGUUGAACCCAAACAUAGCAGUUAAUGUAUUGUUCAAGUGUAGCCACAAUCUUCUGUUGGGUCAGAAGUUUAUAGAUUGGAUGACCCAACAACCUGGUUUUAAGUUCAAUUCUAUUUGUUUGAGUGCAAUGGUUCAUAUUCUGGUAAAAAGCAGGAGACUUUCAGAUGCUCAGGCUUUUAUCCUUCGAAUGGUGCGAAAGAAAGGGGUCUCGAGACUUGAAAUUGUUCAGGCAUUGUUGGGUACUUAUGAUUAUUGUGAUUCCAAUAAGCUGGUCUUUGAUUUGUUAAUAAAAACUUAUGUUCAGGCUAAGAGGCUUAGGGAAGCUACAGAGGUGUUUAAAUUGCUAGAAAAAAAUGGGCUUUUGCCCUCGAUUCAUGCCUGUAAUUGUUUACUUGGAGGUUUGGUUAAAGUAGCUUGGGUUGACCUUACAUGGCAAAUUUACCAUGAAGUUAUUAGAAAUAAAAUCCCUGUAAAUAUGUAUACUCUGAAUAUUAUGAUGAAUUCUUUGUGUAAGGAGAGGAAAAUUGAGCCUGCCAAGUCAUUUUAUACAGAGAUGGAGAAUAUGGGUUUUGCCCCAGAUGUUGUUACCCACAAUACUUUGAUUGAUUUGUAUUGUCGAGAAGGCCUUUUGGAGGAAGCAUUUGGUAUACUGAACUCUAUGCCGGUUAAAGGAUUGAGACCUGGUAUUGUAACUUAUAAUUCAGUUAUAAAUGGGCUAUGUAGAAGAGGAGAUUACUCAAAAUCCAUUGAGAUAAUGGAUGAAAUGCAUCGAGUUGGUCUUGUUCCUAAUACUUCUACCUAUAAUAUUAUGAUCAGUGGGUCCGCCAAAAUGGGGAAUUCAGUUGAAGCCACACGGAAUUAUGAGAAAAUGAAGAGUAAAGGUCUUCUUCCAGAUAUUGUGACUUUUACGUUGCUGAUAGGCUUGUCUUGUAGGGAAGGAAAUCCUGAUAUUGCUUUAGGAUAUCUUGGGGACAUGAAAAAUACAGGUCUGGCUCCUGAUAAUGUGGUCUACACUAUGGUUAUUAAUGCAUUUUGUAGAGCUGGUAGGACCACUGAGGCCCUCAGGUUGCGUGAUGAAAUGGCGGAGAGAGGUUCUCUUCCCGAUGUAGUGACUUACAACACAAUUUUGAAUGGGUUGUGCAAGGAAGGGAGAUUGUCAGAUGCUGAUGAUCUCUUUAAGGAAAUGGCUGAAAGAGGCUUGGUCCCUGACUAUGUUACCUUUACCACUUUAAUUGAUGGGUAUUGUAGAGAUGGAUCCAUUGAAAAAGCCCAAGAUUUAUUUGAUGAAAUGAGAGAUAGGAAUUUGAAGCCUGACAUUGUCACAUAUAAUACUUUGAUAGAUGGCUUUUGCAAAGAAGGGGACAUGGAGAAGGCCAGAGAUUUGUGGGGUGAUAUGAUUAACAGGGGUAUUCUACCUAAUCUUGUUACAUAUAGCACAAUGAUUGAUGGGUUUUGUAGCAAAGGGAACAUGAUGCAAGCAGUUGGUUUAUGGGAUGAAAUGGUGGAGAAAGGCAUUGCACCCAAUGUUAUAACAUAUAAUUCUGUUAUAAAAGGCUAUUGCCGAUCAGGAAAUUCUAGCAAGGGUGAGGAGCUCUUGGCUGAGAUGACAGGGGAAGGCCUUGUUGCCAACAAGAUAACGUACAAUACUCUUAUUCAUGGGUUUUGCAAAGAGGAAAAGAUUCCACAAGCUUUUGAUUUGGUUGUUAAAAUGGAAAAUCACGGGAUUCGCCCUGAUGUUGUCACAUACAAUGCACUUUUGAAUGGGUUUUGUAGGCAGGAAAGAAUGAAAGAAGCUAAUGUUGUCUUUCAAAAAAUGGUUGAGAAGGGGGUAAUGCCUGAUAGGUUGACAUACACUUCUUUGAUGAAUGGAUAUGUAGCUGUGAACAACGUGAGAGAGGCAUUUCGUUUGCAUGAUCAAAUGCUGCAGAAAGGUUUUAUACCAGAUGAUAAAUAUUAAAUAUACCUUGUUUUGGUGCAGAUCAAGAUCCAUAUUUUUGUAGGCAAGGGCUGCCAUAUACGUUCAGUUAUAUCCAUGCUGACAUGAUGCACAAAGUAGCCUUCUUAAGUGAUUCUUUUUGUGAGCUAAGACUAUUUAUUGGAUUUUCGAUAUCCACGAUGCCUUGUUUGGAGGAGUUACGCUCAGCAUUGUGCUCAAUCCCUAGCAAAAGCUUUACGAAAUGGAAAAUGAUUUGAUCCCCUACUGUGGAUGUGAGGAACAUUUAACUGAAGAUAAUUCAACGGUUGUAGGGGACGGGAGGCGAACUGCCAAGUGCCUGAUUUUCAUGAACAACUUGGCAAACCAUAUAUAUGAAUUGCAGAAUAAAAGAUGGGCUAUAUCAAAGUGGGUCAAGAUAUAUAUGACCACAAGGGUAUCAUCCAGUAUAAUUGUGUCAAUAGUGAUUGGUUGGUUUUCGUUUUCCUUUUUUUUAACUGUCCCAACAUCAGUACACAGUGGUGGGAUCCUCGCCCAUGCAUUUUGUAAUUUGUGAUUGGUAUUCAAGUCUUUUGUACGAGGUAUGGCCAUGCAUCUAAAUCAAUUGGUGGUGGUUGCAUAUAAAGAUAGAAUUCAUGCUCAA